ACUACAACUUGUUGCUUUUGACCAGUGGACAGAACUCACUUUUCAACAUCGGAAAUGGCUUCUGAAAAAUCCUUCCACAGCAGGAUGUUUUUCCUCUGCCCUGUGUGCAAAAAGGCUCCUCACUCUCUUCCUGGGCAUCUCAGGGAGGUGUGUAUGAGGAACAGCACAAAGGCAGAGAUCCAGGCUGUCGUCAUAGAGGCCAAGAAGGAGUUGUCCGAAUUCUGUCACAGAGGACGUUUCUGGGAGUUUGGAAAAAUUCGUGACAUAUUGGACUCUACUAAUCCUCUGGCCAGGAUGAUUGCGGAGAUGCAGUCAAGGGGGUUGGUCAUUAAUAACUUACCUUCACUCCUCCCGGAACCAGCUCGAUCGACUACAUCAUCUGUGUCUCAAAGCUCUGGAGAAGGUGCAGAAGGUCCAGUUGAGCCUCCAAAUGAGCCCUUAUCUGACGAGAGCUCUGGAGAGUACUAUCAGAGCACUGUUGGACCGAAGUGGACCUCUUCCGUAAGGGUGGAAAUGGUCAAAAAAGGCUUAUACAAUAAGCACUCCAUUGACCACCCCCUUCUAGCAGGAUUUAAUAAGGACCUGCACAUUGACCUAGGACAUAAAAACAGCAAACAAGUAGUGGAAACAGUGUCCAGGUUCUUACAUUACAUGGACCCCACUGAGCCAAACUUGAUGUUUGUUCGUCAGGUGGAGAAAGUGCGAGAGUACUUUAACAUCUUGUCAGAUACAAAGCUCUCAAAAUGGACAGUGUUCAACUACUGGAAGAGUCUCAAGAGGUUCAUGAAAUACAUUAUUACCUCCACAGACAUUCGCCACAACAAUCCAUCUCUGUUCCAGGACUGUGAGAGUUUUUUGGAUGUGCUGUAUGAAAUAGAGAGUGCUAUGUCCAAAAAAGUAAGCAUGGAGGUCACAGGGAAAAAAUCAGAGCUUGGGAAUGGCAAAGAAAUUUUGCCAAAGGACUGCCUUGCUGUUUUGGAGGCUGCAUUCAAAGAUUUCCAGGCCGUGAUAUGCAAAAUGCAGGAUCCAGGAGCCAUCACAGGGGACUGUUUGACUAAAAAUGAACGGCUGCUCGUCCUGUACUACCUGGAGGCUAUUAUCAUGCUGAAGCUACUUCAGCGACCUGGUGUAGUGACACAGAUGACUGUUGAGGAUUGGGAGGGGAGAAGCCGGAUAGAGAAUGGUGUCUGUGUUGCAGUGAAGGAGCACAAAGUAGCGCUGUCACACGAACAGGAACUUUGGUUUGACUUGUACUUCAAUGAGGUGCGGCCAGCAAUGCUACAAGAAAACCGCACCGGCGACGAUGUGGCAGUUGAUUCAUUUUUUGUGUCAAGUAGUGGGAGAUCGAUUUAUAACCCCUCCAAUGACUUAAAAAGACUACAUGACAAAUACAGUCUCCCCAGUGUGACCUUUGGCGAUGCCCAGAGAGCGUUUGAGGCAGCAGCACAAAACCUGAAGUCAGAAGUGGAGAGAAAUGUGUUGGCACGGCUGUUUGGGCACAUGCCAGAAACAGCUGAAAGGAACAACAUGAGGAGAACAUCUUCAGAUGCAUUUCUGGCUCUAAGUGUGCUAGAUCAGCUUGCUGGAAAAACACGACAAAGGUCCAGUAGAGCUUCCAGCCAAGAGACAAGGGUGGACGAAGAGACAGCCUACAAAACUCUUGAGCAGUUCUGUCCAGUGACUCUGGAGGGGCCUCCUCCAAAAAGGGCACGCAGGAAUGAGCUGUGUGGCUCAGAACAUGAGAGGCACUGCUAUGACCGCUGGCGUAGCGAGCAGCUCAAGCUGCGUGAACAGCAUGCUCUUGAACAUUUUGCUGGACAGCAGCCAUCAGAGUCCAAAAUAAACCGCUGGAUGGACAAACAAGGGUGGACAUCAAAUGUCCCACAGGCUUCAGUGGUUCUGAAGCAGUGGAAGCCUGUUGCCAGGUUGGACUCGGUCAUCGACAGCAGCUUUGUGCAUAAAAUGAUUUCGUCUCAACGCUGGAAAGGACUGACUGUCAGACCCGUCCCUGACAAGGGUGAUGGUGAUUUCACCAAAAAACCCUUUCAGAUUGGGGAGGUUGUCUGUGAAUACCACGGCCAGCUGGACCUGGACAUUUUUUUUUUAUAA